CCAGAUUCGCGUGCGGUUCCCACGCGAUGCCAGAGAGACGCGUUCCCCCUGAUGAAAAAGGCAAGGAAAUGACGAAGGAGUUCGGGGUGCCUCCGGUGAUCUUUCCGGCCGGCGGGAACCCGGGAGCCGGCGCCGGAGUCCCGCAACGGCGGGUACCGACGGCGCCGUUUCAGCCCCAGCGGCCCUCGGCCUCCAGCAUGCCCUUCAUGUCCUUCGACAUAGGGCCCGCAGCGGCCUCCACCUCCUCCUCCGCUGCGAUCUACGGCGGACCUAUCGUCGGAGGCAUGGGAGGCGCCCCCGGAGGAGCGAGCUUCGAGGACGAGGAUCCGUUGCUGGACGAGCUCGGGAUCCACCCAGACCAGAUCUGGCGCAAAACCAAGUCCAUCUUGAACCCCCUCCGGGUCAACCCCACCAUCCACAAGGACUCGUCGGACCUCUCAGGCCCGAUCCUCCUCUACAUGUCGCUCUGCCUCUUCCAGCUCCUCGCCGGGAAAAUCCAGUUCGGCGUCAUCCUCGGCUGGAUCGUCGUCUCCUCCAUCUUCCUCUACGUCGUCUACAACAUGCUCGCCGGGCGGAACGGUAACCUCGACCUGCACACGUGCACGAGCGUGGUUGGCUAUUGUAUGCUGCCGGUGGUGAUCCUCUCCGCCGUGUCGCUGUUCCUGCCACAGGGCGGUCCCGUCAGAUUCGCGAUCGCCGCGGUGUUCGUGGUCUGGGCGACGAGGGCAUGCACGGGCCUCAUGGUCGUCCUCGCCGAUGGCGGCGACGAGCAUCGCGGGCUGAUAGCGUAUGCAUGUUUUUUGAUUUAUACUCUGUUCUCGCUACUUGUUAUAUUCUAGGGAGGAAUUGGUGAUCUCUGAUUGGAAUUGAAAUUUUGUUUGGUUAAAUAGAACAUAUAUUUUGUUUGUAGAUGUAAUUGUUUCCUUAUCAUGCGAACACGAAUCUAAAACCCUAUGAUUGGAUUGAA